AUGUCUACCAUCAUAACAUGCCCCAAUUGCACCUACCAGUUUGAACCGUCAGCCGCCAUGGAACAGGCAAUCGGGGAUAAAUAUAAAGCAGAGUUUAACCAGAAGUGGCUUUCCCUCAAGAAAAAGCAGGAUGAAGAAAUACGGCAGCGCGAAGAACUACUUGUAAAACAAAGAGAACAGGUAGAACUGGCCGGCAAACAACAGGAAGAGGAAAUUAAAAAGAAACUGGCCACCGCCAUACAGCAACGGGAACAGCAAUUGCAGGAAGAGCUGUCUGUAAAGAUUGCCGGCGAUUUUGAAACCAAGCUUCGCUUCCUCGAAGACACCAAAAACAGCCAGGAGAAAAAACUGAAAGAAGCGCAGCAACGGGAAAUGGAAAUGUUGAAAAAGGAAGCGGCGAUGAAGGAACGUGAAGAAGAGCUGGAGCUGGAAAAGCAGCGCUGGAUGCGUGCGGAGAGUGAACGCGCCUUUGGUGCCGACUGCCAUAUCACCAUCCGCAAUGCCUUUGGCCAGGAGUGCGGUUCCAUUCUGCUGGAAAGCAAGCGGGCAAAAGAGUUUUCACAAGAGUGGCUGAAUAAGCUGAAGAAUGAUAUGGCUACCAAAAAUGCAGAUCUCGCCAUACUGGUCACCCAGGUGAUGCCAAAGGAUAUGGAUGGGUUUGGGCAGAAAGAUGGUAUUUACAUCUGUACCAUGCCGGAGCUGAAACACCUGAUCGGUGUAUUGCGGCAGGGAAUCCUGAAAGUUUAUGAAGCCCGCAAAAGCCAGGAGAACAAAGGAGAUAAAAUGGUGAUGCUCUAUGACUACCUGACCAGCACCGAAUUUAUGGGGCAGUGGAAUGCUAUGCGCGAAAGCUUCCAGUCGUUCCGUAAUACCCUGCAAAAAGAACGGGACGACUUUGAAAAAGCAUGGAAGAAAAAACAAAAGCUGCUGGAUGUGAUCAUUGCCAACUCAUUGCAGAUUUCCGGCAGCGUGGAAGGUAUCUCCGGAAUGGAAAGCAUGAACUGGACCGCCUUGCCCGGAGAUGAUAAUAAAGAACUGCUGGAUUGA